GGGUAUUUUGCUUCAAGUCCGGUCUGCUUGUCAAGGGAGACCCAAAAGGGGUGCUGAGAUCAUCCUCCCUUGCCUGCAGCUGAGCUCUCUCUGCCUUCUGGAAGCCCGCUCUGUGCUCGCAGGUCCCCAGGACUUGGUGACAUUCAGGGAUGUGACUGUGAACUUCACCCAGGAGGAGUGGGGCCUCUUGGACCCUCCUCAGAGGGAGUUGUACAAGGAGGUCAUGCUGGAGAAUGCCCAGAACCUGCUGUCCCUAGGGGUUUCAGUUCCCAGAGAAGAUAUGAUCUCUUACUUUAAGCAAAAGCAAGCACCCUGGGUGCUGGACCAAGAAUGGCUGGGUAGCUGCUCUCCAGGAUGUGAGGUCAGACUUGAAAUGAAGAAAAGUAUUCAGAACCAAAACUUCCUUUGGAGAGAAAUCCGUGCUGCACAUGAGAAAAUACACACGGUAGAAAAACCUUAUGAAUGUAACCAGUGUGGAAAGAGUUUUACAUGUAAACAAUCUCUUAUUCCACAUCAGAGAAUCCAUACUGGUGAGAAACCUUAUGAAUGUAACCAGUGUGGAAAGAGUUUUAAGAAAAGGCAAUCUCUUACUGUACAUCAGAGUAUCCACGCUGGAGAAAAACCUUAUGAAUGCAAGCAGUGUGGAAAGAGUUUUAGAUAUAAGGGAUCUCUUACUGGACAUCAGAGAAUUCACACUGGGGAGAAACCUUAUAAGUGUAGCCAGUGUGGAAAGGCUCUUACAUCCAAAAAAUCUGUCAAAUACCAUCAGAUUAUCCACACUGGUAAGAAACCUUAUGAAUGUAACCAGUGUGGAAAGGGUUUUAGAAGUAAGGCCGCUCUUACUCAACAUCAGAAAAUCCACACUGCGAAGAAACCUUAUGAGUGUAGCCAGUGUGGAAAGGGUUUUAUA